AUGAACGCCAAUCAAGUCCCCAGAUUGCUCUCGAGUGAUUGUAUCAUUAAACACAUGGCUCUUGCGUACCACAAUGAGCCCGAUGUGCUUGCCUUGCGGAUGACACCCCCUUCGGGCCCUUGGGGUUGCCCCGGGUGGUAUGUGUCUACUAAUUUAGACGCAGGCACCAAGGGUAGCUAUGAAUUCGUCGUCAUUGAUAGGGUGGUAUAUAAUUACCCUAUCCUCAGUGAUGCGACCGAUGAAAAUCCUCGGUCUGGUGGACCAAUCCGCGACAAGCUUGCACUUGAAGCCUGCAGGGAACUCAACAGUGCAGGCUACGAGAUUCUAGCUUGGCAACCAUACUGUGACGAGUUGACGCCUUUUAUGGAUCAAGAGGGGAAUACUUUGCCGAUUGAAGGACGUCCCAUUAUUACAAACUGGCCAGAACUAGGAGUCACACGCAUGCGAGAGCAGAAUUUGCAACUCAAGAGUAAAGCCAUACAGAGAGAGGCUGAAGACAUACAAGAUAAAUUAUGGGACUCUCGAAGAUCAAUUAACGUCUUGCAAGCUCUCUCGUCAACUGACACAAAACAAGAGUUCUUGGGCAACAAUGUUAGAGAGAAUGUAAAAGAGCUCAGCUCUCUACAUAAGGAGGUAAAGGACUUGGAGGCUGCCAACAAUAGUGGAAACAAGGACCCACGUAUGGCGGAGCUUCUGGAAGGGUUGCUCAACAAGCUGGCACUUUCUGCUGAAAGAAGGAGGGCCGAGUACGCUAAGGAACAGACCACUGUGGAAGAGAAGAAGAAAGCCUUUGCCAACGCAUUGAGCCACGAAGAGAAAGUGCAAAAGCGCUACGAUGAGGAGUGUGCCGGGUAUGGCCGGUCACGACGUCUUGUGGAGAUUGCUAGUGAUUUGAAGGACGCAGAUAACACGGUAAAUGCGGAAAUAGCGAGAUGGCGUGCGCAGUUUUGGAUGGACGCGGCUAAGCAGAACCUUUUGAAGUAG